AUGAUACUGUUUUAUUACUUUCAGAAUGAGAUAGCAAUGGAUGAGGUCCAACCAUCUCAUUCUCGUCAAAGCAAGACUGAAUACAUGGACCUAAAAGAGGUAACUGCAUUUGAAAGUAAGCGCAAAGAGGAAGUGACACUCGGUAUCCCACAGGUGGAACGUUCAUCCCUAGGAACUGAUUACGCGCCUCUUCAUCCGUCAACACGCUCUUGGGAAAUUCCACGAAAUAAUGUCACCAUAGAAAAGGUUAUCGGUAAAGGUGCCUUUGGUCAGGUUGCCAAAGGAACCGCGAUGGAUGUUCGGGGGAGGCCAGGGAACACUCCAGUCGCUGUUAAAAUGCUUAAAGGUAAUCCACACCCCUCUUUUAGAACUGAAUAAGAUUAAUGCUAAUAAUAAAUGUGUGUUUUUAUUGACGAUUCAUGAGUAGUUAAACAUUCUAACAUUUUAAAAUAAGUCAUUAAUCAUUAGUGAGAGACAAUAAGUGACAAAGGAAAAUUAUAAAAGUUGGAACAUUAUUCAAAAACUUAUGAAUAUGAAGCAGUGGUCAUCUCAAUGAAUAGCGACGCUUGUAUCACUUAUAUUUUUUCGUUUAUUUUUAGCUUCUGCUCCUGAGUCCGACAGAAGCGAUCUGUUAUCUGAACUCGAAUUAAUGAAGACGCUGAAACCUCAUCCACACGUCAUACGACUACUGGGAUGUGUUACUGAAACUGGUAAAACAUAUAAUUAAUGAUGAACGUACUUUAACGUACAUAUCAAGACAUCUCAAGUUAACAGUUAAUGUAAAACUAUUUCAACAAUAAGUUUCAGUUUCUAAAUUAUUGCUGGUAUUACAGAAAACCGGCAUAUCACAUUUUCAAUGAACUGAAUAAAAGAUCUCGGGAAUAACCAAAACUAGCUCAUACAGGGCAUACCUCUAGAGAACCCAAUGGACUCUAAGAGCCGAGGACUCAAUGACACUUAUUUCAAAGACACGGAUAUCAAGCCUCGAACAAAUCUGACGUCAGAGCAACUGAUGAAGUUUGCCUGGCAAAUUGCUGAUGGAAUGAGUUACUUGUCAUCAAGAUCUGUAAGUCAAAGGAUCUGAGCGCGUUUAGAUAUGAAUUGUGAAAGAUUAGGAAAUGCUAUGAGAAACGUCAUCGAUAUCGAAUUAUUAAUUAAGAUUCUUGUACAAACUAAGCAGUAAGCCAUGCCAACUAUACUAAUUGAAGCAUAUGCGUGUGUAUUGAUUAAUAAAUGGAUUAAUUAUUUGCAGAGGAAUUAAUAUGCUAGUGGUCCAGAUGAUGGGUCGAAAUGAGUGAAUUUAGCCCUGAAUUCGAUUAGAUCCCUCGCAUUGAUUGGUUAACUAUUUCUUACAGAUCAUUCACCGAUAUCUUGCAGCUCGUAAUGUGUUGGUUGGAGAAAGAGAAACUUGUAAAGUGACUGACUUUGGAAUGGCCAGGAAUGUCCAACAGGAAAACAUUUAUGAAAGAAAGACAAGGGUACCUGAGUUAGGAGCUAAUAAGAAUAAUUAA